UGCUUUCUCUUUAUCCUCUCCGUUAUCUCCAAGCUCGAGCAGGGGCGAUGAAGAAAGAGCUACUGGCGUCGGCGCCAUGGCGGGGCGAGGAGCAGCCGCGCGAGAAGUUCGCGGACGCGAAGCUGAAGGCCACCAACGAACCGGGUGGCACGCCCACCAUGCACGUCCCCCGCAAGAAAAGGUCCGCCGCCUCCUCCAAGACCGACGAGGACCUCGAAGCCGAGAUCGAUCCCGAGCUUAGAUACAGCUUCCAGAGGAAUUUCAGGUUUCUUCAACGAGUGUUCAGCAUAGAUACACUUGUGAAACCUCUUCCUCCUGCUAUGGCAUAUAAUGUGUCCCGAAAUCUGAGUUUCUUUACUCGGAUAUUUACACAAUUUUGGGAUCCAGAGGGAAUUGCAAAUGCUCAGAAAUCACUUGGGUUAGGACAGGAAGAUAAGGCUCGUCGCGUCGACUGACUGAUGCAUGCCUUCUUCAGUAAUAUUCAGUUCUAUUAUGCUUAGCCUGUCACGAAUUUGUUCUUUGUUUCAGAUUUGAACAAGUAGAGUUGGUCUCAUGAUAUCUCUCUGUUCGUGUUUCAUACAACCAGAACCAAUCGUUUGGUCAGCUUUAUAUUUUGGAACUCUUUGGUAGACUUGUGCAUUAUUUUAUCUUUUGGAGGCUCAAAUAAUAUAAAUAGUGAAUCAAAAUGGUUCA